AAGAGCAAUAAAGUGUAAAACUACAUCGUAUUAACAUGGAAACUCAAUUGAAGGUUGGGCUAAAUCGGGAAAAGAAAUGGACCACUUAAGAGUGGACAUUCUGGACUGUCCCUGACCUCAUCCUGGAAACUUGAAUGGACUCAUGAAUGGAGCGUCAUUCUGUCAAAGGAUGCGUGUUGGUUGUAGGUGCGACUGUAAUCUUGUUCAACUUGUUUCGUAAUCUUCAGGGGCUGAAUAUGUUUCACAGGAGGAAGCUAUUGUGGACAGGUCAAAGUUUUGUGUCGCAGAGCAAAUAUAUUCCUUAACGGGCUGAACAAGCUGACAUACAGAGAUUGUGGAAUGCUGCUGGACGAGUCUCCACUUUUUGAUCCCUCUUUGCUUCAGGAGUUGGACUGGAACAGCAACACCGUGUCCUUCUCCCCUCCCAUCUCACCAACCAACCCAGGAGAUGACCUGGAGCUCAGGCCACUGUGUACAGCAGAUUUUGAAAAAGGAUUCUUUGACGUUUUAGCUCAACUUACCAAGACAGGCGAUGUCACGCCAGAGCAGUUUGUUAGUAAGUUCAAGCACAUGAAGAUGACAGGAAACUACUAUGUUGUCGUCGUGGAGGACAAAAACCUGGGACAAAUUAUCGCCACAGCUACACUGAUCAUUGAACACAAAUUUAUUCAUUCCUGUGCCAAGAGAGGCCGGGUGGAGGAGGUGGUUGUCAGUGACGUAUGCAGAGGGAAGCAGCUCGGGAAACUGUUAGUGUCAACGCUUACUCUUCUUAGCAAAAAACUUAACUGCUACAAAAUCACUCUGGAAUGUAAACCCAAAAACGUGGCUUUCUACCAAAAAUUCGGAUAUGCCUCCUUGGAUGAAACUUACAUGCAGUGCAGAUUCUUCGACUGAGGAGAGCUGCAGCUUUGACCACCUCCGUUUUGGGGGCAUGGACCAUUUUUACAUCUGAUGUCAGCACUUACAGUGGGGUCUUUAGCACUAGCUAACUGGGAUUUGGUUUUAUCUUGCCUGACAAGGUAUCUUAAUUUCUGAAAACUUGAGUGUCAGUUCAUUGAAGCUCAGUUUGACAAUAAUCCAUCCUUUGGUAAUCGCUGCUACCUCACCAGGGUGGGUGUUUGCUGUUAUUUUACCUUCAUCCGUCUUAAAGAUUGUAUGUAUUAUGUAAAUGGGUAAUUGAGUACAAAAAGGACAAAGAACAUAAUUUGACUGCUACACUACAAGUAAAGACAAUCCUACAAAAACAUGAAAUUUGGCUUUUGUCAUAUGGAAAAAAGUUAAUCUUUGUCCCAUGUUACUUUUAAGCUACACAUUCUCAUUGUACAAUUUGAUCUAAGAUGAGUUUUCUGCCUCCAAUUCAUAGCAACUAUUGACAUUCACGAGGAACCAACCUGAGAUCUGGGUUUUGUUUGGGUUUCACUUUUCUUGUCUGAUUGGUAUGAAGUGCUGUUUUUCUCAGCAUAUCGGUUUUGUUGUUGGGUACCGAGAAUUACGUUUUGAAUAUAUGAAGACUGUUCAACUAUUUCCAGUGGAGAAAAAAAAAUUCAAAUGCAGUAGUAAUAAUUUGAUGAGGGUGUUUGUUUUUUUAGUUGGUUAACUGGAUUUAGCAUUGAUCAUUUUGUAAAAGAAACGGCAAGUGAUUUUUGUAAAUUCACUUUUAUUUAAGGUUUUGUAGUUGUUUUAUAAUUAUGCUUUUAUUCUGGGGAACGUAUUUAAAAUAACUUAUUUCCAAAUGUAAAUCCAAUAAAAUAUUCUUUGAUCAAGAGUUUCACAUUUUUCUGCUAUGAAAUUACUCAAUAGAUCAAUUUGUUUGUAGGGGCUCCUUUUGCAUAAAUUACUGCAUCAGUGGUAUGCUCAAUGGACACAAAAUGCUUAAAUUUCUGCCCCAUUGUUAAAUGCCUAAUUCCUUUUGAGACUAGUUCUGCUUCUGUCCAUCACACAUUUCUUUCCACUCAGUCAUAUGCUGG